UUACUGGAUUUGCCAGCAACUGGACUGUGACGCAUGAUUUGGCCUGAGUAAAAAAAAAAAGUUCACUGCUUUGCCUUUGCUAAUUAUAAUAACCUCUCGCUCUCUCAUCCAUGGUGGAUUCUUAGAUCUGUUCACCAAUGCAAAAAAAGCUUUGCCCAGAAGAAACAAAGAGAAACCCCAAAACCCAGAAUUGGUUUUUCCUUUUGUUUUUCUCAGUUUUCAUCUUUGGUGUUAUUAAUCUCUUUCCCGAGUGGUCAAAUGUCUUCCUCUUCACUCUUCUGCUGCUGAGUCCGUGAGAGUAAAUGUUGGAUUUCUGGGGAAUAUGAGGGAAAAGGCGGAACCUUUCUUCAUUUCUUGACUUGGGUUUCUUCCAUUCUUCUUCUACGUUUUAGGAUUUUUACCAGAAAAUGAGGAAACAUGGAUGGCAGCUUCCUUAUCACCCGCUUCAGGUGGUGGCUGCUGCUGUGUUCUUGGCUCUAGGGUUUGCCUUCUAUGUGUUCUUUGCACCCUUUGUUGGGAAGAAGAUGUAUCAGUACAUCGCUAUGGGCAUUUACACUCCUCUGAUCGCAUGUGUCUUUAGCCUAUAUAUAUGGUGUGCGGCUGCGGAUCCCGCUGACCCGGGAGUUUUCCUGUCAAAGAAGUACCUAAAAGUUCUCGAAAACGGGAAGUUUCCUCGGGCAAAGGAGAUGAAAGAUGGCUAUGGAUCAACUUCAUCCCGAAUGCACAACGGAGGUACAGCUAUAGGUGGCGGGAAAUCUCUCGAAAACGCAAUGUCCCUUCCAGACACGUCUGUUCAGGACAUGGAACAUGAACCCGGAAAGAAGUUGAAAUCCUCAGAGAAUUUGUCUCCCCUGUCCCUGCUUUGCUCUCCUUGUGCAAUUCUCUGCCAUUGCUGCAGUAGAAAGGAUGAAUCUUCCGAGCAGCAGAUGAGUGAGGAUGGAAUGUUUUAUUGCAGUUUGUGCGAGGUUGAGGUCUUCAAAUAUAGCAAACAUUGCAGAGUUUGUGACAAGUGCGUGGACCGUUUCGAUCAUCACUGCCGGUGGCUAAACAAUUGUAUCGGGAAGAGGAAUUAUCGACAAUUCUUCACUCUUAUGGUUUCCGCUAUCCUCUUGCUUAUUAUGCAAUGGUCAACCGGGAUUCUCGUGCUCGUCUUAUGUUUUCUCCAAAGGAAGCAAUACUCUGCAGAUAUUUCCUUGAAGUUGGGCAGCAGCUUCUCCCUUGCCCCAUUUGUCAUCGUCGUCGCAGUUUGUAGUAUACUAGCUAUGCUGGCUACAUUACCGCUUGCCCAGCUUUUCUUCUUUCACAUUCUCCUCAUAAAGAAGGGAAUUAGUACAUAUGAUUACAUAGUUGCACUAAGGGAACAAGAGCAAGAGCAGGAAGGUGGUGGAGGACAACAGAGUCCUCAAAUGUCGAUGGUCAGCUCGCUCACUGGUCUAAGCAGUGCAAGCUCCUUUAAUACGUUCCACCGAGCUGCCUGGUGCACUCCCCCUCGGUUAUUUCUCGAAGAUCAGUUUGAUGUAGUUCCUCCUGAGAACGCGUCUGUAAGUUCAUACGGGAAGAAAAUGGCGAGGGAAGAACCUGUGAAGAAGAAGGAUAUGACAGUGAAGAUCAGUCCAUGGACUCUGGCUCGGCUCAAUGCAGAAGAGGUUUCGAAAGCAGCAGCAGAGGCACGAAAGAAAUCCAAAAUACUUCAGCCCGUGAUGAGACGGGAAAACCCAUUUGGCUUGGAAGCAAGCAGCAGUUUUGGCAGCAGUGGUCGGAGGAUGUUCCCGAAAUUUGAUGGUAACAACGGUAAGAGAAGAGCAUCUAAACGUGUACGCUUAUCAGCUGAAUUGCCCAUUGAGCCGAUGAUGAGUAAUAUCCAAGCAAAAGCUACGGAGACAUCAACUAGUUCAGCCUUGGCACCACUUCAGCUUGAAGCAAGAAGUGCCUUUCAGACAAGCCGGGCAAUGUCGAGCUCUGGUGUUAUUGUCGCUUCUUCUUCGCCAGAGAGCAGCUUAGACUCACCUGACAUUCACCCAUUUAGGGUUUCCUCUUCAGUCGAAGAUUCAACCCAUCUCACUGGAUUAUCAUCAACUCUUGCUCUGAUGGGUCAACAGAGGGGACAGAUGACGAUGACGAUGAUGCCAUUGUCAAGGUCUACAAGCGAUGGCUAUGAAGCUUCUGGUGGGGAGGACAGUGAUCAGGUUCCUUCUAAAAGCAUCCAUAGAUUACGAUGAAGGAUAUAUAAUCGUAGUUUACGGCUGAAAAUUUGAAAAUCCUUGAGCAUUCUUUCGUUCAUUGCCGGUGCGAUCAAGACAGUGAAGCACUUCGCCAUUUCUAAGGCAGAAUUGGAUUCGUCUUCGGGUGUUCUGAAGAUUUACAGUACCAGGAGAGAUGGGACGGCAAUUAGCACCGGGAAAGGAAGAAGGCGUUUGUGGAAAUUGCGUUGCUUGAUUUGAUUUGAUGAACAUAGGAUUUGCGUUGCUUGAAACUACUUCCUUCUUUGCUUUUUGUCCUUUGCUAAAACUGUCUGUCUAAAAGCUUCAUUUCUCGUGAAAAUGGCGAAAUACAAUUCAUGGGUUGUUUUCUGGUGAUC